UUCCCCUCAUCACGGAAUGUAGUAUAGGAAGACAGAGCUGGAUCGCAUAGAACAUCACGAUAGGCAUUCGUAUUAUAGGAAAAAACCGAGCAACAGCGAACAAUCUACCACGUUCUUCGCGUGUAGUACGUGGGUGAAUAGGCUUUUCCAGGGGAGAUGAUCAUACUGAGCCUUGCAUUGGCAGCCACCAGUGAAUAUGAGCACAUGCCCACACAUAUUAGACCUCCCCUUGGCCCCAUCUUGUAUCGCGCAACCAGAUAUUUUUUGGCCUCCCAUGAAAAAUCCACAGCUCAGAAGUUUGUACGACAACAACGACGCAUACAUGCGUUACGCAUAGCCGCGUUGUGCCACAAUCGCACUUGUAAUCCGAUUGGAUCAUCUGAGUAUGCUAAAUUUGGGCUGUGUUGACUUUCUUGAGUCUUCAGAUGCAGAAAAGUGGACGAGUGAAUAGAACGCGAGUGAAUAGAACGAGGAGCUUCAAGUUUUUAGCGCUAGGUAGGUGAAUUGAGUCUUCUGCUCGUUCACCGCUUUGCUAUCCGUAUCUGUGCGUCUGUGAAAUCUUUGCUUUCUCUGCGCCCACCUAAGCUGGUGCGUCGAACACUUCGAAAAAUUUGUAAUUGUAAAAACCCUGCAGUCGCGAUCAAAAAGAGUAGAUCUCAUGCGAAGACAUGGAAAAGGAGGCAAAAAGACCAAAAAGGAGGAGAAAGCAAGUGCAGCUGCAACACCAAUUAGAUCUUCGACCUCACGCCAGGCACAUCAAUCAAUCGAUCAUCUGAGUGUGCUAGAUUUGAUCGUUAACAAAACGAUCAAAUCUCGCUGGUAGUUUGUUAACGAUCAAAUCUAGCACACUCAGAUUGCUCGUUAACAAAUGUGGGCCAGCGAAAUCUUGGCAUGGCGAGCAGAACGCUGCAAAGCGACAGAGAAGUGGUGCUUGCGGCAGUGAAGCAAAAUGGGGAGGCUCUUGAAUAUGCGAGUAAUACGAUGACAAAUGACAAACAUAUGGUGCUUGCGGUAAUCAAGCAAAACAGGGAGGCUCGUCGGUUUGCGACCCUCACCAUGCAACAAGACAGAGAAGUGACGCCCGCGGCUGUCAGGCAAAUGAGUGGAGAGGCUCUUGAGACUCGAAGGCCAACUGGUUCAGAUUCUGGCGCAGGCCUUUCGUUAAUUUAGCCACUCCCUGCGAAAAGGAUUUCGCCCUGACCUUCCAUCGGCACUGCAAUGAGGCUCGGUUCGAAUUUAUAGCAACGUCGUGCGCUUGCAAGUAGAUGGUAUCAUUUUUUUAUUGAGGUGACUGGAGAUAGAUGUCGUUGUAGAAGAUGGCGCUUUUUCGGGAGCCUCUAUGACGCCUCUUUGGCAGUGCAAGAACGCUCUUCGGAAGGAUUUGAUUUCGAUUUAAUGCAAAUGCAGCAACAUGAUUGUACUAUCUGCAAGUGUAAUGUGAUAUUUUCUGGUUGGUGCUUUUCAUUUCACGAAAGUAGAGGAAAU